AUAGUUGAAACUAAAACAAAACAAAACUUCACGUUUCCGCCUAAAAUUCUAAAUACUAAAAAUAAUUAAAAACAUUAAAAUAUCAAAAUAAAUAUACCAUUCUCUGUUACAAAAGUCUAAUAAAACAUGUCAGGCAAUGAAGAAAAUGUUUGUGUGGUCGCAGAUAAAUUAAGUGAAAUGUGUGGAUUAACAGGAAAAUUCAUAACUAAUGAACUUAUAUCAGUUCAUGGGUUUCAACCUGUUUUAAGCACAUCACGAGAUGUUCCAACAAAAUUCGCAAACACUUCUGAAGUUAAUGUUUUUCACAUUUCACAAGCUUUUGCUCUCGACGAUUCAGUUUUGCGUGGACUCGUAUCUGAAUCCAGCAGCAUAUUUUAUAAUUUACAAACAGCAAAAGACAAAACCAGUGAAUUUUAUCUUCAUACAUCUCGAAGUUAUCGUUCGGCCAUACGUGCAACAUUAAAUAAGCUUCGUGAAGCAAUCGACGACGAAGACUCAAAUUCGGAUGAUGUGAAGAAAUACGAAAACUUUGUCACAAUUUUUUACUCAAUUGAAUGUUCAUGGCAUCUUUGUGAGUUUCUUCUUAUCGAUUCAUCAUCAAUAUCUACAGUACCAAAUCUCUUGGAAUGGACAAAAUUUCAUUUUCCAUCUCCAAGUCAAAAUGCAGCUGAAAUGCUCAUCAAUCUUGAUCGUGAUGUUGAUGUCAGAUCCAACUAUUGGGUAACUGUUAAAGGAUUAAUUCUUCAAGGACAAAUCGACAUUGCUCGAGCUCUUCUCAAACUUCAUUCAUCUUCAGAAACGAUGACAUUUCAACUCGCUGAAAAGGAUCUUCAAUCUAUGCCAAUUUUUAGUUCUCACGGUGGAUUGUCAUUACAGAAAUUCCGAUCUCAAUGGUCUUAUUGGUCAACAACAUUAAUUUCAAAAAUAGAUUCUGGAUUAUAUUCAACCGAACCUGAUCUUGAAGAUAUAAUGAAACUCAUAACUGGUGACAAAGCAACAUGGAUGGAAGUUUGUAAAGAUUCCAAUUGUUGGUACGAGCAUUUCGCUGGGUUUUUAUUCUUCACACAACCAUCAGCAAAGUAUUUUGAACUUGGAGCAUCAGUUAAUUCAUGGUUGAGUCAAUGGGCAAGCAGUAAAGGAUCCAGUGGAUUUACAAACUUAAAUCAUCUCGAAAGAAUGGUUCUUGCUGUUCUGAAGAACGACAUGGCUGAAUUUAUUCAUUCGAUUCAAGACAUUGCUGACAAUAAAUGGUUUGUUGUUCAUUUGACUGAUUUGUUAGUUCACUGCGAUCAACUCAGAAUGAGUAAUGAAGGUGACAAUACGUCUUUGGUUAUUGCACUUCGUGAAAAUCUCAUCUACGAUUAUGGAGCGAUGUUAAUGUCUCGUGGAUCCUUGUGGGAAAUUGGAAUGGAUUAUUUGGAAUUUUCAUCAUCUGAAGGUCUUGGAGCUCGUGAAAUUCUUCUACAACGUAUUCCAAUCAAAAAUGAUCUUCAGGCGACGAAUGUCAUCGCUGUCGCUCGACGACAUGGCUUAGCAGCGAUCGAACAAGAUAUUUGUCGUGUUAUGGUGAAACGUUCAAUGUCUUUGCAUAAUUAUGGAAAUGCUCUUGAGUGGGCGAUUCGUUCACGUGACAAUAUUUAUGUGACAAAAGUGGCGAAUGUUUUUCUCUUUCAUUAUUGCAAAACUGGUAAAAUGCUUCACAAAGAUUUACUCGCUCAUGUUGGUGCCAAAAUGUUCAUCUCACCUCGUUUAUUGUUUCUUGUGAAGUAUUUCGAUUUUCAUCGUUACUUCAGUUCUCGAGCACUUGCACAAGCAGCAGAGUUACUGGUGAAUCUUUUGGAUUCGAAAAUUAUUCCAGAAUUCUUUUGGCCAUCACUCUUAGCUGAUGCAAUUCCUUUGCUUGAACACAACGAGCCAAUCAUUCCAUCGAAGGAAACUUACAUUAUCAUGCAUCAUUUGGAAAGUAAUUUAAUUCCUUUUAUUGAGAAGAAGAACCGACAAAGGGAGAAUAUUAACACUGAUCAUGGAGAUGAUAUUGAGUUGAAUUUAAUUGACGGAUAUCCCGAUGACUUAGUUCAACUUUUGAGAUUGGCGUGUGCUAGAAAUCUAUCUCGAGCAAUGAUUAUUGAAAACACAUUAAUUCAUUAACAUUUUUUUUGUUCUUUACUUUGUCAAUAAACUUGAUGUCAACUACCAAAAAAA